AUGUUUAAUCGGUAUAAACUAAAGGAAUUGAAAAGGGCCAGAGAAGACCGGAACAAUAGAAGCAAGGCCGUCAAACACAAUGUUGUGAGCACCAAAGAGGAGUUUGAUAAAGUAGUGCACAUGCUCAGCACCCCCCAUUUGUUUCUACAUGCAUAUAAUAAGAUAUUGAACAAUGGUAAACUGUUGGACGAUAAUAUAUACAAAUUUACAAUUUUGAUCUUCAGCCAUCUACUCAGCAGUAAGAAGGAUAAAAUAAUAGUGAAAAGCAUAGAAUGUAUAAAGAAAAUAUGCGGAUCGGUCAACUUUUUGGCUGUCAAGGAAAUAUCAUAUGAUUAUUUCAAGUCGCUUUUUUAUCUUAACCGGUUUCCUUGCAGGCUGGUGUCUUGCUUCACGAAACACUAUGGUGAUUUUGCAAAAGAAUACGAUGAAGAAUUUUGGAGCACUUUUAGAGAAAAGAUGAAAAUUGAGAAACCAAACAAGAAAAUUAUACUGAAGAAAAAUCUCAAUGAAAAUGUCUAUUUAUUAAAUAGUGGUAUUGAAUAA